AUGUCUUCGCAUGGUUAUAAUCCACCAUCAAGUGUACGUGAAGCCACAUUACCUGAAGAUUCAAUAAACGAAACCACACUAUCAGAUGAAUCAGAAAAUAAUACCAUCGAUCCCCUUCUUUCUGAGAUCACCACCUAUUUUGUUGACCGUGGCUUUCAAGCAAGUCUUGUUAGAUCCUUUCUAGAGAGGGAGGCUCGUCUUGACCUCAAGACAAAUGCGGAACUUAUGUUCGAUUUUCUAGUAGAACGUCAAUGGUUGGAUCCAACGAUUUUCAUUGGCAUCGAAGGAAGUAGUGUAAGUGAUAUAGCAUCAGAGGAAGUUACAAGUGAACUACGUGGUAGUGUGUGUGAUGAUACCAUCUGGUCUAAGCAGAUUUUGUAUCAUUGGUUAUUUGAAUGGAUUCUCAAUCCGUGGAAUUCCUUCUCUCAGUUGAGUUUCGAAAAUAUUUUCUAUGAUACACAAUUUCCACGCAACCAGUGGAACAAUUAUGAUAGAAAGGGUGGGCCACAAAUGUUUGCCGCGUCAUAUGAAGAUAUCGCUGCUGGAAUAGAUGAUUUUUUAAGUAGCAACACGAAAGUUGCUGAUGCUAAUACGAUGUGUAGCACUUACUGUGCCUUCUUUCACGCAACGAAUCAACAAAGCGCCCAAGAUAUCAGUAAGAAUGGAAUCAAGCUUUCAUAUUGCAAACGUGAUCUUGAUUUCGGGUCCGAUCCUAGCUUUUACCUAAACCCAUCUAUUGAUAAUGCAAUCGAUUUGAUCAAGAGCCGUAGGGGAUUUAAUGGAAUUGUUGUGUAUUGGGUCAAUAUGGACAGAAUAAAAAGCAUGAAGCAUCGGGAUCUAGUUUCGGAAGGUGAAGAUUUGUGGAAGAGAGUGGUGGUUGCAUCGAGAUGUGAACAGGACUCAGCAGUGGACGACGACGAUUUUGUCUAUGGAUACCAGUUAUCGAACCCAAGGGAAAUUCUCUCUGAAUGGGUGAAUAAUGGUGGUGACGAUAUUGAGGGUUCAUGGCAAAGCUCCGUUCCCAAUGCUCGAUGGUUUGAACCCAUUCGCCAUCUUCAGCUUUCCAUUAAGACUCCCUCACAACAUCUAGCUCAGUUAUGUGACAAAGCCAUCGAUGCUGAAGGUAGGGCAAAUCGAGCUAAUCAGGAAGAAAUUUUAUGUUGGUGUCUCUACUGGAGGGAUUUCAGAGAUCAGCUUGAUGAGAUUAUCAGAAGCAAUGGUGGAAAAUUUGGCGAAAAGAAG